AUGUUGCGUCUUUCGCGUGUGGGGUUCACGGGGAGGGCGAUGAUCUCGCGCGGGAGCCCCGAGUGGUCGCAUCGCCUGGAUCUCAAAAAAGGCAAAAAGACGACUUUGGCCCACAAACUCGGCACCAGUAAGCCCAAUAACGCGCUCCAAUACGCGCAGAUGACCUUGCACGACCUUACGGAGUGGGCGCUCGCGUACUCGCCGUGGCCGUUGACCUUCGGGUUGGCCUGUUGUGCAGUGGAGAUGAUGCAUUCGUACGCCUCGCGCUACGAUCUCGAUCGCUUUGGCAUCGUCCCCCGUCCCUCACCUCGGCAGGCGGAGGUGAUUAUCGUUUCGGGAACGGUGACGAACAAAAUGGCCCCAAUUCUUCGAAAUAUCUACGUCCAGAUGGUGAACCCCAAGUGGGUUAUUUCGAUGGGGAGCUGCGCGAAUGGGGGGGGGUAUUAUCACUUCUCCUACGCUGUUCUUCGUGGGUGUGAGCGCGCCAUCCCAGUUGAUUUUUGGAUCCCAGGCUGCCCACCCUCGGCUGAAAGUUUGGUUUUCUGUUUACAUAGUCUCCAAAAAAAGAUUCGCUGGCAUGAGAUUCAGAAAUAUUCUGUCAGAUAA